AUGACUUUUCUGCCUGCGAAGGAGGCAGAAAUCAGGUCGCUUGAAGCACGCAUCCGUGCGGAGUGCGGCUCCCGCAUCGGUGCGGCGAGCAAGGGAAAGGCGACCCCAGGGCAGGCCCCCCCAACGGGACCGGCCCUCACUGGCCGUCUCUUCCGCGAGCUGCCAAUCUCGGAACGCACGCUGCGCGGCUUGGAGGCUUCAAAGUUUGUCAAGAUGACAGAGAUUCAAAGUGGUGCGAUUCCGCUCGCGCUUUCUGGCCGUGACAUUUUGGGCGAGGCAAGGACUGGCUCCGGCAAAACGCUGGCAUUCCUCGUGCCUGUCAUUGAGUGUCUUUACAGGCAAAACUGGUCCAAGAUGGAUGGUCUUGGUGCCGUGAUUGUUUCUCCAACGCGGGAGCUCGCGUACCAAAUAUUUCAGGUCCUUACUAAUGUGGGCCAGGAGCAUGAGAUAUCAGCAGGUUGCAUUGUGGGUGGGCGCUCUCUUGCCGAGGAGCAACAUGCCGUCGCCAGCAUGAGUGUCUUGGUGGCUACGCCAGGAAGGCUUUUGCAGCACUUGGAUGAGUCUCCCGGCUUCGACGCGUCUGCCUUGUUGGCUCUGGUCAUAGACGAAGCCGAUCGGAUUUUGGACUUCGGCUUUCAGGAGACAAUGCACAACAUCUUGCAGCACAUGCCUACGAAUCGCCAGACGCUUCUCUUCUCUGCCACUCUGCACAGCAGCGUGCACCGACUUGGCCGUGCUGCAUUACGGUCUCCGGAGGUGGUGUCUGUGCAUCACAAUGCGAAAAGUCGCACACCUGAAACUCUAAAGCAGAUUUUCAUGGUUGUGCCUUUGGAGAAGAAGGUGGACACGCUGUUUUCGUUCCUUCGAUCACACUCACAGAAGAAGACGAUUGUGUUUGUGUCCACCUGCAAGCAAGUCCGGUUUUUCUACGAGGCCUUCAGAAAGUUGAAGCCAGGUCCUGCAGUCAUGGAGUUGCACGGUCGACAAAGUCUCACGAAGCGGAUGAUGAUCUUUCAGCAGUUUACGGAGCGCGAGCGUGCUGUUGCCCUCUUCUGCACCGACAUCGCUGCCCGAGGUGUCGAUUUUCCAGCGGUUGACUGGGUCGUCCAGGCUGACUGCCCCGACACAGUGGACUCCUACAUCCAUCGAGUCGGCCGUACGGCUAGAUAUGAAAGCGCAGGCAAGUCGGCACUAUUCCUGUUGCCAUCUGAGAAGCCCUUCGUGGACAAGCUGCUGCAGGCACGCGUGAGUGUGCGGGCUAUCAAUGCGAAGCAGUCGAAGCUUGUGUCUAUCCAGCAGAAGCUAGCCUCGGUGCUUGCGGAAUCCAGCGACAUCCGCCACCUCGCUCAGCGGGCCUUUGCUUCCUACAUCCGUUCAGUCCGCCUUAUGAAAGACAAAGAAAUCUUCGACGUCCAGGCUCUGUCAAAGACCGCCUUUGCAGAGUCCUUGGGCUUGGCUGACAUGCCAGAGAUGGGAGCCGAGUGGGAGGCGCAGGGCGAGGACACAGAGCACAACAAGCUGAAAAAGCGAAAGAACCAGUCUGCUCUACAGAGGCUCAAGGACAAGAUUCGAGAAAAGAAGCAGGCCGGAAAACCAGAGCCGAAACAGGUCGAGGAAGAGGAGGCGGAGGAGGAAUUAGAGCUUAGCCAGCAAGACAGCUCCAAGAGGAAAGUUGGCAAAUGGGAGCGUCGGCAGCGACGCAUCGCUGCAGCCAGCAAGGCAGCCCAACAGCCUGCAAAACAGGAAGCUCCAGCUGAAGAGGAGUUCUUACAGCUCGUUGAGCAAGAUGGCCGCGAUGGCCCCACAGAAUCUCAAGCUGAAGUGCUACCUCCAAGCAAGAAGCGCAUAAAGCUUCGCAAAGAUGGAUCAGCUGUUCAUGCGAGUGGCCAGCACACCUUCUUCACUGGGAAGCAUGGAACAAGAGUCAGCUCCGAGUUGGCGCAGUUGGCAGACGAGCUCCAGGAACGUUCAGCUGUACCAGAUGAAGGAGACCGGGCCAGUUUCUUGAAACGAGUACAGCAGGAACUUGCUACACGGGAUUCCUCCGAUGCGGCCUUGAGCCGUUCGCGCCUCCAGAAGCGCCACCAGACCAUGCGACGCAAAGAACGCGCAGCGAAGGGCGCACAGGAGGACGACGCAGAUGAUGCAGGAAGCUCCGAGUCCCCACAACGUCCACAAAGUCCACCUCCUUCACCGGUAGCAGAAAAAGCAGAGACCAAGCCAAAGAAGAAGGCUUCCUUACCUGUGUCCAAGAUUGCAAGUUUGGACGACUUGCAGGAUUUGGAGAAGAAGGCCUUGAGUCGCUUGGGUGGCCUCUUCGCAUGA